AAAACGCCUCUCCUUGUUUUACAAAUUUGAUCUUGGUUUGCAAAUGGAUUACCAGGGUACCAAUGUUAGGGAUUUCCUUCAUGCUAAUGGAAAGGUCGUGCUAGAAAGAGUGGAUAACAACCAUAGCCUAAGAUCUUUCACUCAAAAAGAGAUAGAAGGCAUCACCGGUGGGUAUAGCACCCUGCUGGGAGAAGGGGGCUUCGGUAAGGUUUACAAGGGAAAAUUAGAUGAUCUUCGUCCAGUCGCAGUAAAGAAAUACAAAAAUGGAACCAAGAAAGAGGAGUUUGCCAAAGAGGUGAUAGUGCAUUCCCAGAUAAAUCACAAGAAUGUUGUUAGACUGUUUGGUUGCUGCACGGAGGAGAAUGCUCUUAUGAUCGUAAUGGAGUUUGUAUGCAAUGGCAACCUCUACAACAUCCUUCACUGCAGCAGCGAUGCUAAUGGUUCUGUCCCCUUCCCUUUGGACAAACGUUUGGACAUUGCUAUUGAGUCAGCUGAAGUAUUAUCAUACAUGCAUUCAAUGUAUAGUCCUGUUCUUCAUGGUGACAUCAAACCUGCUAAUAUACUGCUAGAUGAAAAUCUUCAGCCAAAGAUAUCGGAUUUUGGGAUAGCAAGAUUGCUUGCUGCUGACGAGACUCAGCAUACCAGAUCUGUCAUUGGUUGCAUAGGUUACGUGGACCCAUUGUUUUGUCAGAGUGGGAUUCUAACUCCCAAGAGUGAUGUAUACAGUUUUGGAGUUGUUUUGCUGGAAAUCAUCACCCGAAAGAAAGCUGUGGAUGGGACUAUCAUCCUUGCUCAAAAUUUUGCCGAAGCCCUGAGAAAAGGGAAAAAGGUGAGACAAAUGUUUGAUGAGGAAAUUGCGAAUGAUAAAAAGAACAUGAAAUUUCUUGAAGAUGUCGCAAAACUAGCAGCUGAAUGCUUGAAAAUGGAGGAUAAAAUGCGUCCAGAAAUGGUUGAAGUCGCGGACAGACUUAGGAAAAUUAGAAAGGCCUACCGCCACCACAAGGGCAUAAAUGCUACAGGUAGCAACUCUGGACUUCCUAAAAGUGGAAAGGCAGAGGACGUGAUACCAUUAGUGGUACCAUCCAUUUCCAUGGAUGAACUGAAGGAAGUAACCAGGAACUUUAGCAUUGAUGCUCUAAUAGGACAGAGCUUACAGAUUAAAUUCUUUUUUGGAGUGCUGAAAGAUGGACGUAAAUCCAUGAUCAUGAAGAUUAGGCCUACUACAGAAAUUGUUUUGGAGGUUCCGGUGGUCUCAAGAUUCAGACAUGAGAAUGUUCUCCAGCUUCUCGGACACUGUGUUGAAGGAGACAACCGGGUUCUUGCUUGCGAGUACGCAUCCAGGGGAUCCUUGCAAGAUAUUCUUCAUGGUAAAAGCAAUGUUUCGGGAGCUGAACGAGGACCUGUUCUAUCAUGGACGCAAUGCAUGAGGAUUGCCAUGGAUGCUGCAGCUGGGCUUGAGUUCCUCCACGAGAAAGCACAGCCUUGCAUAAUCCACAGUUGCAUCAGGUCCAGCAACAUAUUUCUCUUUGACAGGGACGUUGCAAAGAUUGGUUGGCCUGGUGUUUCCAGACAGGCUAACUACUGCACAGAAGCUGUCUGUUUUGUUUCUCGUGGUUAUGACGCGCCUGAGACUGUAAUGGGCGGUCAACAUUCUACGAUGAGCGAUGUCCACAGCUUCGGGGUUGUCCUGCUAGAACUUUUAACUGGUCGAAAGGAACUUGAUUGUACACUACCACAUGCCCAACGAUUUCUUGUGACAUGGGCUAGACCAAGACUUGAUGAAUGCAAGGUGCAAGAAAUUGUUGAUGCGAGGCUUGGAGGAGAUUACCCUCCCGAGGCUAUCAUGGCUGCAAUCGUGGCAUGCUGUAUACAGUCGAAGGCGGACCUCCGGCCAAACAUGAGCAGCGUCGUCAUGGCCCUAAAGCCGUUGCUUCUCUAG